GCACGUGCCCGAGUUCCUGUAGCGUGCCCAUGUGAAAUUGAAGCUAAGCUAACUCUCUUCAGGAUGAAGUUCAGCCAAAGUGUAUAACUCUAAAUUUACAUUUAUAUAAGAAUUAAAAAUGCUUUUUUCUAAGGAAACGCCAUGGAGGCGGUUGGAAGGCAUGUCCUUUGGCAUGUACUCCUCCGAGGAGAUAAGGAAACUGAGUGUCAAAAGUGUGACUAACCCUCUGCUCCUGGACAAUGUUGGUAACCCCGCUCCUAAUGGACUCUAUGAUCUAUCACUGGGUCCAGCUGACCUUAAAGAAGUCUGCACAACCUGCAUGCAGGACUUCAACAACUGCCCAGGACACUUUGGUCAUGUCGACUUGCACUUACCUGUCUACAACCCUUUCUUAUUUGAUAAAUUGUACAUGCUUGUACGAGGUUCCUGUCUGUCGUGCCACAUGUUGACGUGUCCUAGGGCUGCCAUUCACCUGCUUCUCAACCAACUCAAAUUAUUAGAUGUAGGAGCGAUGAAAGAAGUCUGUGAACUCCCGAUUGUCCUUAAUCAGUUUUUAGAAGGUAGUCCACAAGCAUCGGGGGCAGAAAUCCAAGAGGCUUUGGAGGAAUUUAGUACUCCUAUUAUAAAAGCCAACCACAGCAGCCACGGCUGUGCACCUAUCAAGCAUAUUUGUGAGAUGAAAGGCAGCCUCAUCACUGAAUUUUGGAGAACUCACAUGGCAUCUAGAAAAUGCCCCAACUGCAAUGCUAGCAAGUCACAGAUACGUCGAGAGCACAACAGCAAACUAAUCGUCACUCAUUCGGGCAUCAAAGAGGACAGCAGAGUGGACAAAGAUGAUGUUCACGUGGCUAAACGUGGAUAUCUAACUCCAAGCUUGGCCAGAGAUCAUGUCACCAAAGUGUGGGAAAAAGAGGGUUUCUUCCUGAAGCACUUGUUCUCAGGCUUGGCGGAGAACAGUCCUAAUGGUUUCAGCCCAGAUAUGUUCUUCUUAGAAUUGCUAAUGGUUCCUCCAUCCAGGUACCGGCCUGUCAGUCGGCUUGGAGAUCAGAUGUUUACUAACGGUCAGACAGUGAACAUGCAGGCGGUGAUAAAGGACAACAUGAUCAUUCAGAAACUGCUUGCCCUCAUUGCAUCUGAGAAAGCCAGGACGAUAGAGGGUACUCAGACAGAGUUGGAGGAGCCCAGUGAGACACAAGAACCCAGCCAGAUGGACCAGACAUUUUUAGCCGGGAUACCUGGAGUCACCCUUACAGACAAACUGUAUAACAUCUGGAUACGCCUGCAGAGUCACGUCAACAUUGUGUUUGACAGCGAUAUGGACAAGCUGAUGACCGAAAAGUUCCCUGGAAUCCGCCAGCUCUUGGAGAAGAAGGAGGGUCUGUUCAGGAAACAUAUGAUGGGGAAGCGAGUGGACUUUGCUGCUCGCUCUGUCAUCUGUCCAGACAUGUACAUCGGAACCAAUGAGAUUGGAAUACCCAUGGUGUUUGCGACUAAGCUGACGUACCCACAGCCGGUGACGCCGUGGAACGUGAAGGAGCUGCGGCAGGCCGUGCUUAAUGGGCCUGAUGUUCACCCCGGAGCCUCUAUGGUUAUCAAUGAGGAUGGUUCACGCACCAUUCUCAGCCGCAUCAACCCCACUCAGAGAGAGGCUAUUGCUAAGCAACUGCUUACACCCAGCACGGGCCAGCACCGCAUGCCCAUGAAGAUCGUUAAUCGGCACAUCAAAAAUGGAGAUGUGCUCCUCCUGAAUCGUCAGCCGACGCUACACAGACCAUCUAUUCAGGCUCACUGUGCACGCAUCCUGCCUGGAGAGAAGGUGCUACGGCUGCAUUACGCCAAUUGUAAAGCCUACAACGCUGACUUUGAUGGUGAUGAGAUGAAUGCGCACUUCCCGCAGAGUGAGCUGGGUCGGGCUGAGGCAUACACACUUGUCAGCACAGACCAGCAGUACCUGGUGCCCAAGGACGGGAAGCCCCUGGCUGGACUAAUCCAGGACCACAUGGUAUCGGGCACCAGCAUGACCAUCCGUGACUGCUUCUUCCCGCAAGAUCAGUACAUGGAGCUGGUCUAUAGAGGGCUCACUGAUAAAAGAGGCAGAGUCAAGCUGCUUCCUCCUGCUCUCAUCAAACCUCAAAAACUUUGGACUGGCAAACAGGUCGUGUCCACCCUCUUGUUGAAUGUCAUCCCGGAGAACCACAUCCCUCUGAACCUGACAGGAAAGGCCAAGAUUCCCAGUAAGGCCUGGGUGAAGGAGCCUCCUCGAUCCGUGCCAGGCUACCAUCCAGACUCCAUGUGUGACUCUCAGGUGGUGAUUCGUAAUGGUGAGCUACUAGUGGGUGUGCUGGAUAAAGCACACUAUGGGAGCUCUGCAUAUGGACUGGUGCACUGCUGCUAUGAGCUGUAUGGAGGAGAGACCAGUGGCAAGCUUCUAAGCUGUCUGGCCCGCCUUUUUACUGCCUACCUGCAGCUUUAUCGUGGCUUUACCAUGGGUGUGGAAGACAUUUUGGUAAAACCAGGAGCCAACAAGAGAAGAAAGAAGAUCAUCAAAGAAUCAGUCAAUUGUGGCAUCAAGGCACUUGGGGCAGCCUUUAACCUGUCUGCUGCUGCUGCAGAAAAUGAAGGCCGAGAUCUCUGGCAAAAUGCCCAUCUGAACAUAGACCAGCGAGACUUCAACAUGGUAGACCUCAAAUUCAAAGAAGAGGUCAAUCAAGUCAACAACAACAUCAACAAGGUGUGCAUGCCGUUGGGUCUGCACCGUUCAUUUCCUGAGAACAACCUUCAGCUGAUGGUGCAGUCUGGAGCUAAAGGUUCCACUGUCAAUACGAUGCAGAUCUCAUGUCUGCUGGGUCAGAUUGAGCUAGAGGGCCGUCGUCCUCCCCUGAUGCCUUCUGGGAAAUCCCUGCCUUGCUUCCAGCCUUAUGAGCCGCAACCUCGCUCUGGUGGCUUUGUGACUGGGAGGUUCCUGACUGGGAUAAAACCUCCAGAGUUUUUUUUCCACUGUAUGGCUGGGCGUGAAGGCCUGGUGGACACGGCUGUUAAAACGAGUCGUUCCGGCUAUCUGCAAAGAUGUGUGAUAAAGCACCUUGAGGGACUGGUGGUUCAGUAUGACCUGACGGUGAGGGACAGUGACGGCAGCGUGGUGCAGUUCCUCUAUGGAGAGGACGGCCUGGACAUUCCCAAAACUCAAUUCCUGCAGCCUCGUCAGUUCCCUUUCAUCAAAGACAACUUUGAGGUUAUCAGAAAAUCACAGUGCUUGGAUGAAGUGCUGGCUAAACUGGACCCAAAGGCGGCUCAUAGUCACUUUAAGGCCAUUAAGAAGUGGAAGGCUAAGCAUGAGCAUUCAUCUCCCAGAAAUGGCGCAUUCCUGCUCUUCUCUCAGAAGAAACUGGGCAAGAUUAAGGCUCAGGCUGAAGGCCAGUUGGGAGAGUUAGCCAAUGGGAGAGACAAUGCCACUCUCCAAUUGCUGGAGAAUUGGAAAAAUAUGGAUGAAUCCAGCCAUGUCAAGUAUCUGAAGAAGACAGCCCAUUGCCCAGAUCCAUGUCUGUCUAUUUACCGGCCUGACAUCUGUUUCGGUUCUGUGUCUGAGACGUUUGAAUCCAUCAUCGAGUCCUACCUCAGUCAGUUCAAUAUCAAGCAGGAAUUUCACUCUUCGUCUGAAUAUGUUGACAAUGAGAGAUUAAGGCAUCUGUUGCAUCUGAAGUGGCAGAGAGCGUUGUGUGAGCCGGGAGAGGCUGUGGGACUGCUGGCUGCUCAGAGUAUCGGUGAACCCUCCACUCAGAUGACUCUCAACACCUUUCAUUUUGCGGGCAGAGGAGAGAUGAAUGUCACUCUGGGUAUUCCCAGGUUGCGUGAAAUUCUUAUGAUUGCUAGCUCCAAAAUCAAGACCCCCAUGAUGAGCAUUCCUGUUUUAAGCAACAAGAAAGCUUUAAAACGAGUGAAGACCCUGCAGAAGAAGCUCACACGUGUGUGUCUAGCAGAGGUGUUGCACAAAGUAGAUGUGGUGGAGACACUUCGAAUGGAGGGCAAAAGAGGCCAGAAGAAGCGAAUCUUCACUGUCACAUUCCACUUCCUGCCUCCAGAGCGUUACCAGCAGGAUAAGUUGCUGCAGCCCCAGCAGAUCCUCCGCUUCAUGGAAGACAGAUUCUUCUUUUUACUGCUUGACGCCAUCAAGAAACUGAGUGCCAAGCUGGCCUCUAUAAAUUCAGUGGACACACGCAAGGCCACAACAAAGGACGCAGAUCGGGAUGCAGAGGACUCCAUUAAUAGAGCAGAUGAUGGAGAUGAGGAAGCAGAGGAGGGCAGAGUGGUGGACGAUGAGGCAAAUGAAGGGGAUGCAGAUGCUGCUGAUGCCAAGAGGAAGGAGAAGCAAGAGGAGGAGGUUGACUAUGAGAGUGAGGAGGGGGAAAACAGUGGAGAUGAAGACCAAGAAGAGGUGACAGAGCAACCAGAGGAGGAGGUGGCAUCAGAGGAAUCCUCUGAGGAGAGGCAUGGCAACAGUCAACCCUCCAACCAAGAGAAUGUGGUUGGAGAGACACAGGAAUCAAUGAGAGUCAACAAAGUGCUGCAGCUCAGCUCCAGCAUUGAGGCUUACAAAUAUGACCAGGAAAAAGGCCUGUGGUGUGAGGUCACCCUGGUGCUCCCAGUUAGCAAAGUGCACUUUGACCUGACCUCUCUGGUGGUAGCACAAGCGCAGAACGCAGUAAUCAUGGAAACGAAAGGUAUUACCCGUUGUUUACUUAAUGAGGUGACCACUAAGCAGGGUGCCAAGGAGCUGGUUCUGAACACUGAGGGCAUCAACAUGCAGGAGAUGUUCAAGUAUGGAGAUGUUCUCAACCUGAAUCGCUUGUAUUCAAAUGAGAUCCAUGCCAUGGCCAACACGUACGGUAUUGAAGUGGCUCUGAGGGUCAUCGAGAAGGAGAUUAAAGACGUGUUUGCUGUUUAUGGUAUCGAAGUGGACCCACGGCAUCUCUCUCUAGUGGCUGACUACAUGUGCUUUGAAGGCGUCUACAAACCACUCAACCGCUUCGGCAUUCAGUCCAACAGCUCCCCACUGCAACAGAUGACCUUUGAGACCAGCUAUAAGUUUUUGAAACAAGCCACUAUGUUGGGCUUGUAUGAUAAGUUGAAUUCACCCUCAGCUUGCUUGGUUGUGGGAAAACUUGUGAAAGGAGGAACUGGACUCUUUGACCUCAAGCAGCCCUUAUAGUGACCCCGAAUGGUGACUUGAGCUACAGACACCUUGUUCAGCUUUAGACAAGAGAAUAAAUGGUGUUUAACUGUGACAUAACUGAAGUAUUGUUCAGUAUAUUAUUAAAUGUUUUUAAUUAAAAAAUAUAUAUAUUUUG